AAAAUCUGGCGUCCUCUAAAAUUCGGCUUUCCAAGCCUCUAGGUAAGGCAUUUGCAAGGGGUUUUUAAGGGGAAAUUUACCAGCAAAGAUAAAAUUAACUUUUUUCCAACAAUUAGUUUUUAAUCCAGGAAUCACAUGAGGGAUCUGAGAUAAUGCACUUGAAUGCAAAAUAAUACUUACAGCGCGUAUUAUUCCUUAAUUUUUCAUUUACUGACGCACAUCUUUCUAAUUUUUUAAACUCAUUUUUGAUACUCCCCUGAAAAGCGGAAAAUACAAAAAAGUUCCAAAAGCGCGAUGGAAUUGGGGAUGCAUUGUAUCGUUAUCAUCGUCAAAACGAACUCUUCCGGAGGAACACGGUACUACAAAAAUGUGCCCCAGUGCUAAACUAGAGGUUCCUUAUCGGCCGCUAUGUUAUGCUCCAUGAACUAGUUCCGUGUUGGUCUGUUGGUGUGGUGUAUGUGUGAGAGUGUAGUGGAAUGCGGAAUGUUUUGUCAUUCGGUCGAUCGUUGAAGUUUGAAUCUCACCUAGAUCUAAUUUGUUACUUCUUUUCUACAUAAUUUAUUAAAUUGCUUAGAUGAUAAGUUCUGUUUAAUUUUUUCAAUCAUAUCAUUUCGUUUUGUGUUCUUUUUUCGUUUUAAUUUUCGGAUAGUAUCGGCUUUGUUUACUCGCGAAUUUCGCACUCGGUUUUAGGUUAUGUUGUGUUAUUCCCACUGUUAUCGCGGCUUGAAUUUGGCUUGAAUUCAUCAGUGAAGUGUUUUGAGUGAUAGUUGAUUAAUAUUUAGUGUUUAGCAGUAAUCUACAAUGAUUAUGUGUUCAAUUUAGCGGUUCAAGCUGUCUUCGGAUUGCCUUCUUCAGGUUUCCCCGCCAUGAACUGAUGAUUUGACAGCGGAUAUAUCCUCAAUCACCCGGAAAUGUUCAGUUUUAUGAAGAAAGGCUCCACCAGUGGAGCAGUUCCUGUUGACAAAGAAGAAAAAGAAAAACGGAAACGAGAGAAGAAGGAACGCAAGGAAAAAGAAAAACGAGAAAGAGGAAGUAUGACUGCAGAAGAGCUACUGCGAUUAGAUGAG